GCCAUAGCAGUGAAUCACGCCUACAGCGCCGCCAUCGCCGAGAUGAAGACGCAAGAUCCAGAGAGAUGGGAGGCAUACGAACGAGAGUCGCAGCAGUCCAAGGUCGAGAUGCGGGCUGCUCGCGCCGUCCAUGUGGAUGGCCAGCCUCCGAACGAGCAAAAUCCCAGUGAAUACCGGUCCCAGGGUGAGGCCAGCGACGAAGCGGCCGCGUCUCAGGCCGAGUGAGUGUUUUGUUCCCUUGCGCAGUGGCGGCCGAUAUCUGAACUUAGCAGCAUAGGAAUGCGCCUGGAACACAACGCGCGCUUCUCGCUCGAGGCGUGGGCAGACAAAUCCGACUGUGAAGUGUUCCUCUAUAUCGGUUGUGUCGGCCCAAACGGGAAACCACGGAGGUGGAUGAUGAGUAGCGGAAAGGCAGGCGCAGAUGAUCUCGCGGGCGAGAUCAAAGGCUCACCAUUCAUCGACACUCUUGAUGCGUAUGUCUUACGCCGUCGAAGCAAUAUCGCUAUCGAGCCAAGCGGUGCAUCGGUCUCCCGACGCCAGAGUGGCACGCAGACGGGAAGUAGGACAGGUGCGGCGCACCCUGUGCUCGACGACAUGGCCAGCGCGCGGCGGGCGGACGCUCCUACUAGCAAAGACCUAAGGGCAGAUAUGAAACGUUUAAGAAGGUCGAUGUUAGGAGACAGCGUUGGGAAUGAGGAAGAAGCAGCAACCAACCACUACGCCGAGCCGCGCAUCAUCGAGACCCCCCAACUUGAUACUCGGAUGGGCGAGGCGAGUCUACAUCUGAAGACUGCGCAGGAUGCUUCGUGCGACGAUCGUCAACGCCUCGCACUGAAGUCCGAAGGCAGCGAUAUCUGGGCCGCACUGCUCCGAGAGCCCAUACACAUCGUUACCGAUGCUGACAGAGCGAAGCAGGAACCGGUCAACGCGAACAAGGACCGCAUCGCUCUGACCGAGACGCCACAGCAUGCUGAGAGUUCGCCGCGAGGCAAGGUGCAUCGUGCUACCUCACCUACCCCUCCCAAGGCCCCGAUAGCAACCAACAGUCAGGCGCAACCAACCGGCCAGAAGAGGAAGCUCGAAACAAUCGACCUCCGAGCUAUGCUCAAUGAGACGAAGCGGACCAAAAGAUGCGGUCACGCACGUCCGAGUACAGGCUGUUAGAAAAAGUCUUGUGGCCUAGCAUUUGUUCACACUCACAAGCAAUGAGCAUCCGGCCUUUUUUCCCGCACCAGUAUACCUCCACCUGCGUCCGUUGAUGACUACUCAUUCCUGU